ACUGCCUGCUCCGGUAGGACCUCGGAGAGCGCCGGACGCCGCUACCAGAGGGACUGGAGAAGCGGCCGGAGCGGGGCCGGACCGACGCCUGCGAGCCCGCAUCCCUCCGCACCCACAGCUUUCCGGGCUGGCAGGCGGAUAGUAGCGGCUGAGUAAGUUUUUAAAAUGAAGAAGUUUAAUUUCCGAAAAGUUUUGGAUGGCUUAACUGCCUCCUCCCCUGGCAGUAGUAGCAGCAGUGGCAGUAACAGUGGUGGCGGGGCUGGAAGUGGUUCCAUGCAUCCAGGAGGGACUGCAGGGGUUCUCAGAGAGGAGAUUCAGGAAACCUUGACUUCAGACUAUUUCCAGAUUUGUAAGACAGUUCGGCAUGGUUUUCCUUAUCAGCCCACAGCAUUAGCCUUUGAUCCAGUUCAGAAAAUCUUGGCUAUUGGGACGAGAACUGGUGCUAUACGAAUACUUGGGAGACCUGGCGUUGAUUGUUAUUGUCAACAUGAAAGUGGUGCAGCUGUUCUGCAGCUCCAAUUCUUGAUCAAUGAGGGUGCUUUGGUCAGUGCAGGUUCAGAUGAUACACUUCAUUUGUGGAACCUUAGACAAAAAAGGCCAGCUGUUCUUCAUUCUCUUAAAUUUAACAGAGAACGAAUUACUUACUGUCAUCUACCUUUCCAGAGUAAAUGGCUCUAUGUUGGAACAGAAAGAGGAAAUACACAUAUUGUAAAUAUUGAAUCUUUCAUUCUUUCUGGAUAUGUUAUCAUGUGGAACAAGGCAAUUGAACUAUCCACAAAGACUCAUCCAGGUCCAGUUGUACAUUUAAGUGAUAGCCCAAGAGAUGAAGGGAAACUGCUAAUAGGUUAUGAAAAUGGUACUGUAGUAUUCUGGGACUUGAAAUCUAAAAGAGCAGAACUGAGAGUUUAUUAUGAUGAGGCUAUUCAUUCAAUUGAUUGGCAUCAUGAGGGCAAACAAUUCAUGUGCAGCCAUUCAGAUGGUAGCUUGACUUUAUGGAACCUGAAAAGCCCAAGUCGUCCUUUCCAGACCACAAUUCCACAUGGAAAAACUCAAAGAGAAGGAAGAAAAUCUGAAUCUUGCAAACCAAUUCUUAAAGUAGAAUACAAAACCUGUAGAAACAGUGAACCAUUCAUAAUAUUUUCUGGUGGGCUGUCCUAUGACAAAGCUUGCAGAAGACCAAGUUUAACCAUCAUGCAUGGAAAAGCAAUUACAGUGCUUGAAAUGGAUCAUCCUAUUGUUGAAUUUCUAACUUUAUGUGAAACACCCUAUCCAAAUGAAUUUCAAGAACCCUAUGCCGUUGCUGUACUUCUGGAGAAAGAUCUCAUUGUAGUUGAUCUGACACAAAGCAACUUUCCUAUCUUUGAAAAUCCAUAUCCUAUGGACAUUCAUGAAUCACCAGUUACGUGCACAGCAUACUUUGCUGAUUGCCCACCAGAUUUGAUUCUAGUGCUCUACUCUAUAGGAGUCAAGCAUAAAAAACAAGGAUACAGUAAUAAGGAGUGGCCAAUCAGUGGAGGAGCUUGGAACCUUGGCACACAGACAUAUCCAGAAAUUAUUAUUACUGGUCAUGCAGAUGGAUCGAUAAAGUUUUGGGAUGCUUCUGCAAUAACACUGCAGAUGCUGUACAAGCUAAAAACUUCAAAAGUGUUUGAAAAACAGAAGGUAGGAGAAGGAAAACAAACAUGUGAAAUUGUAGAGGAAGAUCCAUAUGCCAUUCAGAUGAUCCACUGGUGUCCAGAGAGCAGAAUAUUCUGUGUAUCAGGAGUCUCUGCAUAUGUCAUAAUUUAUAAAUUCAGCAGACAUGAAAUUACAACAGAAAUAGUGUCAUUAGAGGUACGACUUCAGUGUGAUAUUGAAGAUAUUAUUACGCCAGAACCAGACACAAGUCCUCCAUUUCCUGAUCUCUCAUCCCAGCUUCCUUCUUCAAGGAGUCUUUCUGGGAGCACUAACACUGUGGCUAGUGAAGGAGUAACGAAGGAUAGUAUCCCAUGCCUCAAUGUUAAGACACGACCAGUGCGGAUGCCUCCAGGGUAUCAAGCAGAACUUGUUAUUCAGUUGGUCUGGGUGGAUGGUGAACCUCCACAACAGAUUACUAGCCUUGCUGUAAGCUCGGCAUAUGGAAUAGUUGCAUUUGGGAACUGCAAUGGGUUGGCUGUGGUGGAUUUUAUACAGAAGACAGUACUGUUAAGCAUGGGGACCAUUGACCUAUAUAGAUCAAGUGACCUGUACCAACGACAACCACGGUCUCCUCGAAAAAACAAGCAGUUCAUUGCAGACAACUUUUGCAUGCGUGGCCUGUCUAACUUUUAUCCUGAUUUAACGAAACGGAUCCGUACUUCCUACCAGAGUUUAACUGAGCUGAAUGACAGUCCAGUUCCCCUGGAACUUGAGCGUUGCAAGUCUCCCACUUCAGGACUUGCUACCAGAACUCCCGAGGCAGCACCAGGCUUUUAUAGGAAUGAAAUACCAGCUGUGAGACAGAGGAAUCAAGUACAUCACUUGCCAGUUAAAGGAUCAAGAAAGUUAAGUCUGCCAACAGAUCUUAAGGCUGAUCUUGAUCAUGUAAAUGGACACUGCACAAGUCCAACUUCUCAGAGUUGCAGUUCUGGAAAACGUCUUUCCAGUGCUGAUGUUUCAAAAGUAAAUCGCUGGGGUCCUGGAAGACCACCAUUUCGAAAAGCACAGUCAGCUGCUUGCAUGGAGAUUUCUUUGCCAGUUACAACAGAAGAAAGUCGAGAAAAUUCCUAUAAUCGCUCGAGAAGUUCUAGCAUCUCCAGUAUUGACAAAGAUUCUAAAGAAGCGAUUACAGCACUAUACUUCAUGGAGUCCUUUGUUCGGAAAAAUGACUGUACUAUCUCCCCUUGUUUGUUUGCUGGAACUAGUCUGGGAAUGGUGUUAAUCAUCUCCCUAAACCUACCUUCAGCAGAUGAACAAAGAUUUACAGAGCCAGUCAUGGUAUUGCCAAGUGGUACAUUCCUCUCAUUGAAAGGAGCUGUCCUAACAUUCUCCUGUAUGGACCGAACUGGCAGAUUAAUGCAACCACCAUAUGAAGUCUGGAGGGAUCCAAACAACAUAGAUGAAAAUGAGAAAUCUUGGAGAAGAAAGCUGGUCAUGAACUGCCCCUCUCCAUCCCAAGAAAUAGGAGAUCAUCAGUAUACAAUAAUCUGCUCAGAAAAACAAGCCAAAGUCUUCUCACUGCCUUCUCAGACUUGCCUCUAUGUUCACAACAUCACCGAGACAUCUUUUAUACUGCAAGCAGAUGUGGUGGUCAUGUGUAACAGUGCCUGCUUGGCAUGCUUUUGUGCCAAUGGGCAUAUCAUGAUAAUGAGCCUACCUAGUCUUCGCCCAAUGUUGGAUGUUAAUUAUUUGCCACUGACAGACAUGAGGAUAGCACGGACGUUUUGUUUUACCAAUGAAGGACAGGCAUUAUACCUUGUCUCUCCUACUGAAAUUCAGCGGUUAACAUACAGCCAAGAGAUGUGUGAUAAUCUACAGGACAUGCUAGGAGAUUUGUUUACUCCCAUAGAGACACCAGAAGCUCAAAACAGAGGCUUUCUCAAAGGACUGUUUGGUGGAAGUGGACAAACAUUUGACAGAGAAGAGCUCUUUGGGGAAGCUUCAGCAGGAAAAGCAUCACGCAGCCUCGCACAGCACAUUCCUGGACCAGGUGGUAUAGAAGGGAUGAAAGGUGCUGCCGGAGGGGUGAUGGGAGAGCUGACUCGUGCACGGAUCGCACUUGAUGAGAGAGGACAGAGGCUAGGAGAGCUGGAAGAGAAAACUGCAGGCAUGAUGACCAGUGCAGAAGCAUUUUCCAAACAUGCACAUGAGUUAAUGCUGAAAUAUAAGGAUAAGAAAUGGUACCAAUUCUAAACUUCUAAAGAAGCUAUGACUGCUUUGAGAAACCAUUAUUCAGGGAAACCAAAUUUAUUCCCGGCAUCACUAUUCAACUGCUAGAAGACAGUUUCUUCCACAAAAUGUUCCAUUACAGUCCAUCUGAAGUUAUCAUAAGGGAGACUUAUCGGAGACACUGUACAACCCAAAGGCUGGAACCCUGGUUAAAACCCCAAGAUAUGGCUGAAUUUGCCUCUUCCCACGUGGAAUGGAGCUAUCAUCUUGGCAUGUCGUUUGCUAAGGAUUUACAUUUAGGAACUACGGGGAGUCCUGAUUUGAAAAAAUCCUGUACAAACAAAAACCAUUAAUGCACUUAAUGAAAAAAAUUUUUGCAUGAUAAAUUAACAUCUUAAGAGGAAAAGAAAAAAAAAGCAUGUUGUGACAGAAGAAAAAAAGAUUUAUGGUAAACUAUUUUUAUAAAUUGGACCACACCUGACAAUUUAAAAAAAUCUGUGUUAGAAGAUAUCAGUGCAUUUCAAGUACAUUUGCAAUACCCAACUGAAAAAACAAACAAAACCAGACUUUUCUUUUCAUCUAUAACUUUCAUUAUACUAGGACAUUAUUGAAUUCUUAUGGCAAGAGUCUGAUUAACAUUCUUCUCUCUCCAUAAUAUUUUACAUUAUUCACAGUUUUUGGUCAUAAUCAAAUAUUGCCAGUACAGUAAAUUAUUCCUAACACAAUUAUAUCCAUUUCUAUCACCUUCAGAACAAGUUGCUAUUUUUAGUCACAAACCGUGCAGGGUUGGGUCACCUCGAAGCAUUUUUUCAGCCUGGCUUAUACUCUGCAGGGGAGUUGACAAUAGGUUUGGGGAAACUAGACUUACAGGAACAAUGUAGUUAGCUUUGAGAACUGAUUUCACUCACUCUGGUUUCAGGUUCUAAAGUGAUAUAUUUUUAAUGCUCCAUUUGUAUCCUUGUCUGCCAAUUACACAGUAUAUUACUGUUCAAUCCCAGUGGGGUCUUCAAUUCAAAGGUGCUCUUGCAGCCUGACACUCACAGACCAAACUGGUCAUUCUCUUUAGUCUGAUUCAGUAAAACCUCAGUUAAUGUUUUAGGAAAGGGAUUCUGACAUUUCUGAUUAACAAGGGCUUUCAUUAGAAAUUACUUUUUGGUUCAAUACUUACUAUUGAAAAUUGUUAUGAAGUGGUGGUGUUUUUGCUAUCUUGGCUUUAGUCACCAUUAUGAACAACAGAAAUUUUAUCACUCAACAGGCUAAAUAACAUGAGCCAUAGGAUUAUGUCAACAGAUACCAAAUACCUAUUCCUUAUUAAAAGCUCUUUUAAAAAUGGAAUGAAGAGGCUGCCCUGGUGGCGCAGUGGUUGAGAAUCUGCCUGCUAAUGCAGGGGACACGGGUUCGAGCCCUGGUCUGGGAAGAUCCCACAUGCCGUGGAGCAACUAGGCCCAUGAGCCACAACUGCUGAGCCUGUGCGUCUGGAGCCUGUGCUCCGCAACAAGAGAGGCCACAAUAGUGAGAGGCCCGCAUACCGCGAUGAGGAGUGGCCCCCGCUUGCCACAACUAGAGAAAGCCCUGGCACAGAAACGAAGACCUAACACAGCAAAAAUAAAUAAAUUAAUAAACUCCUACCCCCAACAUCUAAAAAAAAAAA